GUAUAAAUAGACAUAUGUAGAACCAUUUUUAGAAAGCCAAUAAUGGUGAAUGGCUGGGUGCCAAGUAAAAACAGUGAUAGAGUCUGGAUAGCGUAGCAGUUGGGUGCCGUAGGUGGAUAUAAUGCUGGUACCGUGUGGGUCAGUGUGGCCUGAUGGCCUGUGCUUGUGCCAGACAGACUAUUUUCAUAACGUCGGCCGCUCACGGCGACUCCAUGUCCGAGAUCCUAUUGUUGUCAUGUGUUCCGAUCUGUGCUGCUAUCAAUCCCGGUUUUUUAUUCCAAGGUCGUGCUAUGUUGAGUGUGUUGCUGUGUAUGGCAUGUUGAUUGCGAUAUCCGAUCAUCGGUGUUAGAUUGCAGUGACGGCAGUGGGGGAGGGGGAAGAUGGCUCUGGUAAUGUUGCCGUGCGACCUGCCGUGGUGGCCGAUGCUACAGCGCCAUCUCAAACACCUCACGACGGACGACUGUGACCACGUGUCAGCACUGCAGAGCAUCCACAACCUCUGCAAUGUUGGCCUGGACCCAGAUGAGAGAGACAGUCCGGACCUGACAGUGUUUACGAUGCUGGAGACAUUCCUGGCAGAGGUGAGUGAGACGGAGAAGGCUCACAUCUUGGGAGAGACAAUCCCUGCGAUGGCUCGGCGUGCACUGGACCUUCGUAGCCUCAGACCUCCUGGCGGACUGCACUUCAGCUUACAACAGCAACAAGAUCGGAUUGAGUUUGAUAGGAACUUCAUUGCUUCACUUCUUGCCCAUUUGUUCUUCUCAACUUUUCCAAAGAGAACACCAAAGACUCACCCGACCCUCCAGGACUUCAACUUUACAAACUUCUUCAAACAUCUGGACCUAAACUUCCAAAAGGCUAAACUAAGAAGUUUCUUUCACUACUUCGAUCUAUUGGAGCGGAAUGGAGUGCCUUCAUCAAAAAUUAUUUUUUCAAGGCAGGUGAUGUCAGGCAAGGAGUGGUUGACUAUAGAGGACUGGUUGGAGUGUGGCUUGCCUCUGUGUCCUCUGAUGAUAAGACAUGAAGGCCGGUUGGACCGAGCCCCUUCUGACCACCUCGUCGUCUGCUUCACCAGCUCUCGGAUCGGCGGACAUGUACUCAGCAGCGGUAGCUCGUGGGAGUGCCUGCAGCUGUUCCAGUGUCCAGAGAUCCUCAGUGCCUUGCUGUUCUGUGAAGCGUUGGAGGACAACGAAGUGGUCACUCUAGAGGGGGUGGUGCAGGUGUCUAGGGUCACUGACCCCCGCUACAAGGCUACACUAGAAUUGAUCAAUGCACCUGUCACGUUAACCUCACUGCUAAUGGAUGCUGAGAACUACUCUAAGCUUCCACUGAGCCAGUAUGAAGAGGACAAUUUCUUGCGGGAGUUGAACAAGUCUCUGCUGGGGUUCAGACAGCGCGCCGCCCCUCCCCCUCCACCCACCACGAGACGGCUGUCGCCCAUCGGAGAGUCGUUCAGUUCUACACCCCCGGAGAAUGAUGAAGCGUACAGCAAGCCUGUACAACCACCUCAGAAGGUGAAGCCAGAGCUGGGUCCUCUAGCAACCAUUCCUCCCGUCAGCAUCCGACGGAGAUUCAUCCUCCUGGGCUCGUCAGGUGAAUGUCUUCCAAUCUCCCGUAACCCUGCCAGCCGCUACUCUUCCUGCCACUCCUCUGACGAUGGUGAUCAGUACUUCUCUGCUAGGACCAGCAUCAGUGAGACUUUGGAGGAAGAAGAGGAGGGUGAACACAACUACAGUGCGCAGUUGGACACACCAGAGCGAAGGUGUACGUUUGCACAGCGACUGAGAGAAGCACUGGACAGAGCACAGUCCAGUGAGAGCUCAGAGUCUAGCUAUGCUGUAGGUAUCAGUGUGACAGGCUCUAGUACAGGAGACAAUGAUAUCAGGAUGAGAAGAGGAGGCUCCAGAGGGUUCAUGUUGGAGGAAGAGUCAGUAGAUGAGAGAGGGAGGAUGAGGCGGAGAGAAAUGAGGGAACCUUCCCGACCUUACAAGAGAGGAAACUCAUCACGAUACAGCUUCAGUACAGAGUAUAGCUCAGACUUGGAAGAUGUGUAUGAGCAGUUGGGAAGGUGGCUGGAUGAGGCUGGAGACUAUGCUGAUGGAGAAUGUGAUAGGCAGAGACUGAGGGACGUGGCUGUGGUGCAGUUUGCAGGCAGUCUGCUCAAGAGAACGCUCAGUGAGUCUUUUGUGGGAGUCCCACUGGAGACGGGAGGUGAACAAGGAGAGCCAGACGACUCUGAGACCAAACAGAAGAUGAAGCUGGCCAUGGCGGCCAGGAGCCUCAGUCUGGAGCUGGCUAGACACAAGCACAAGCUGGCUGCUCAGUUGGUAUCGCUGGUGGGCCAGAGACGAGACUGUGAACGCAACUUGCUGCCAGUUGCAACUGGUAACUGGGGCUGUGGCAGUAGUUGUCUGGGGGAGCCACAACUGAAGGUGCUGAUACAGUGGCUGACAGCCAGUGUGGCGGGGGUGCCUCAUCUGCUGUACUUCACCUGCUGUCACUACAAGCUGCUUAAGCUGGAUACAGUUUGCAGAGUUCUCCUAGACAGACAGUGGAGUGUAGGAGAGCUAACAGGGUCUAUACUGAGGUAUCUGCAGGCUACCUUAGACAACCCCAACCCCAUGGACAGUUCAACACUGUUCGAAUUCCUCAUCGGUUCUGAGGAAAAACCACCCCACGAUUCCCCACCCUCCGAUACAUCACCAUAGUUUUAACCAAAUGUUGUCAUUGAGUUUAGUUUUUAUACAUUUGUGCCUGAGGCAGUUUCAAACGGUUUUAGGAUAGAUAUAUUUUUAUGAUAUAAACAGCAUGAUUUGUAUGAUGUACAACAAAUGCCCUUUUAAAGUUGUUAAUGUGUCUAGUUUGAUAAUUUUUUUUUGAAAUUUUAUAAUAAAAUGUAAAUAAAGGUUUUUUACAAAAAUAAUUGUAGCCAAGACAUUUUUGCACUAAAGUUAAAAUGUUGAAUGGAUACUUCAUCAACAAAGUUAUUUUUAUGUAUUGUUAAUUUUUGCACUAUCUGUGUAACAAAUCAUCUAAACUUCCAAAGGUCCUUAAAAAUUGUCAACUGACCUUUAUUUUUUCUGAAUCAUGAUUAUCUAAGCUACAAUAACUUUAUUUUACCCAACCAUAUUCAAUGAAUUAGAUUUUUAUGGUUUUUUAUAAUUUAAUUUUAAAUAUCCUUAGUUUUGGAAUCAUUAUUAUUUAGUGUCUGUACCAAAUUGUCAAACAUAUGCAUUUUAUACUUUUCUAUGGCUGUUUUUCCCUUAUGAUGAAAAAUUACUAUCUAUGCAGUAUUAGUUCAGUUUUGAUUAAAAUUUAGAUUUCAGAAGAAGGUAAGGAAGCCUACUUUGAUAUGAAAAUCAACGUUUU